CAACGCACAAAUUCCAAUGGAAGAAGAAACAAUCGUAGCUCUUCCGGUUAGUUAAUUGAAUGGUGCUCGGUUAGUCUUUAACGUUACCGUUAAUCCGGUGCCCGGACUCAGGCCGAGAACAUGAACGCGCCUCCCGCCUUCGAGUCGUUCCUUUUGUUUGAAGGAGAGAAAAAGAUCAGCAUCACCAAAGACACCAAAGUCCCGAACGCCUGUUUAUUCACCCUGAACAAGGAGGACCACACACUGGGCAACAUCAUCCGAGCGCAGCUGUUGAAGGAUCCUCAGGUUCUCUUCGCUGGUUACAAAGUUCCUCAUCCUCUGGAACAUAAGAUCGUCAUCAGAGUCCAGACCACACCUGACUACAGUCCACAGGAGGCGUUCACCAACGCCAUCACAGACCUGAUCAGUGAACUGUCUCUGCUGGAGGAACGUUUCAGAGUCGCCAUCAAAGACAAACAGGAAGGCAUCGAGUGACCCCGCCCCCUCUCACGUCACUGCCUGGUCGUUUGUUUUGUAAAUAAAGUUUGAUGUAACUGCU